GCCCAUCUUCGCCAAGAAAAGCCACCCUUUUCUGGUGAUCGAACUGAUAUUUCGCUAAAAGCUAAGGAAAUCUGCAUACCACCUGAAUUCGUUAAUGCCGUGAAGAAUCCUGAUCAGAUAUGGCAAUCCGAUACCGAAAUUGUCAACUCGAAGAGCGCUAUAAUCGAGUUCAGUAAUGAAAUGGCUAAUGAACCAGGGCUUACUGACAUGAUUAUUUGCAUGGGAGGAGACGGAACGCUGCUUCAUUUAGCUUCGAUAUUCCAGAAUACCGUUCCUCCUGUUAUAUCAUUCUAUAUGGGCAGUUUGGGUUUCCUCACUCCCUUCAACUUUGCUGACUUUCCAUUCCUAAUUAAAAAAUUUUAUUCUGAUGGUGGUCCAUGCAUUCUGCGAAAUCGACUCCAUUGCCGAGUGAUUCGAGGUGAAGAGUCGUUACCAUGUUCGGAAACUUGCAGUACUCGCUGUUCCCUGAAAUCUCAAUUGGAAUCCGAUUCUUCUCAGAUUCUGAAUGAGGCGACCUUCACUCGAGGAAUCUGCCCCUACCUUGCUACUCUAAUCCUGUGUGUCGAUGGCAAGGAGGUUACACGUUUCCAAGGCGACGAAAAUCUUGGUGUGAGCACACUCUCGGUGGGCACGGUGGUUUCCGAAAGUGUUCCAGGAACUUUCUUUAGCUGUUUUGGAAAAGAUGGAAGUGAAAGGGUGGCACCCAAAGGGAAAAUCUCGGCCUGUCAAGUUCAAAGCCGAAAGGUUCAUUAA